AUGGUCCCGAUCCCGUCUGCGGAACUGCGCACUUCGUAUUCCCUUUACUCUCUCGACUUCGACCCCGAAGAUGCGAACCGACUUAUCGUAGCCGGUGGCGGCGGCCCCGGUAACCAUGGUGUAGGAAACAAGAUCACCGUUAUCGACGCAUCACGUCCGGACACCCUCGACAUUGUAUCCGAGAUCGAACUCAGUCGCGAUGAGGACAGUGUCGCGACUCUUGCUGUCGGACCCCGGAACAAGGACUCGAUUCUGCUGUACGCCGGUAUCAAUUCGAGCGCUGAUGAUAUCGCGAAGGGAAACAACGAACAUUUCCGUGUCUUCAGCUUGGACGAACCAUCCAAAACCAAGGCUGCGUCCGAGAAGCCCAAGAUCACCGAGCUCUCGCGCUCUUCACUCUUCGCAACGACGGAGAAGGAUACCUAUCAGAGAGUGUUGCGAUUGUCCGCGCCGUUCCCCGGGUCCGCCCAGGUUGGUGCUGUCGCCACAGGAUUCUCCAAAGAGCCAGAGAUUGCCCUCUUCGAUGUGCCCAACACUGGAGAUGCCACUCCCAGGCUCAGGGGUAACCUUGAGCUGGUGAAGGAGGCUGUGGACAUGGAUAUCAUUCAGGCUGGUCCUGAUAGCUACCAGCUCGCUUACUGCGACGAGUUCGAAUUGCGCACCAUGAACAUUGGAAAGGGCAUUUCGGAAGGUCCCAAGCUGCUCUUCACCAUGCCAGACGAGCAGGCCAUCACCGGAGCUGCUAGGCCCUCGUUCCGAUCGGUGCGCUAUCUGACUCCGGACUUCAUCCUCGCCGUUGCCAACCUUCCCCAGGGCGGUGGCGCGGUUCUUCACGGAUUCCGCAUGCCCAAGGAUGACAAGAUUCAAAGCAAGCUUAAGGAGAAGGAGGAGGAAGCGGCCGCCAAGGCCAAUGGCAAGGCGAACGGUGCGGCCGCCAUCACCACCACUGCCAAUGGGGACACCAACGGAACCGCGGAUAAGACAGUCGUAGCCACAAAGCUAGAGGAGCCCAAGGCAAGACUGUGCAUUUCCGCGAAGCUGCCCAGCUCUGUCACGCGCGCUACCGGUCUGGCCAUUCGCAAUCUAACGCCUCCUGCCUCGCCGACCGCCAAGCAGGGCGACGCCCAGUUCGUCAUCGCCGUUACUGGCCAGGACAGCUCGAUUACUCUCUUCACGCUGGAUCACCAGUCGGUUGCCGACAUCAAUCUGAUCAUCAACCUCUUUAAGGUCACUACCUUCAAGAACGUCCACAACGGCCCCAUCUCCGGCGUGGCCUUUUCCUACGUCAUCCCGCCCGCCGAAUCCGACGACGCCAAGUCGUCUGACGAAAAAGCUGUCACAAAGACGGGAUCCGUUCGUCCCGAGUACCUCAAGCUAGCUUCCAUCGGCUCCGUCGGCAACUCCUGCAUCGUGCACUCCCUCCCGCUCAAGAAGUACGUCGACAAGACGGCCCAAACCCGCCGUGGUGGCCCUCCCCGCGCGGCCCGCUACGUCCUAGCCCUGAAGAGCCAAGCCCCCUCACCCAAGGGUCUCCUCUUCUUCACGGCCCUGCUUACCCUCUUCAUCGGCAUCUUCGUCCAGAGCUUCCUCGAAAUCAAGGGCUACUCCGCCCCCAUGAUUGGCGCCAGGAGAUUCGCUCCCGUCAGCUGGCAGCAGAAUGCCCGCUACCGCGCUGGCCAGAGCGUGGUUGGCAAUCAUGUCAACUAUGCCAACUCGGAGUCGCUCACUCCCGACGGCGUGCACGGCUUCUUGGCCUCGCUGCUGGCGGAGAAGGAUCUCAAGGUGCAGGAUGGACAGGCUAAGAAGGUGAUUCUGAACGUUGGGGCAAAGGACGGGGUCGUCCGGGCUAGUGGACACGACGCCGAGGUGGACAGCACCGCGCCGACACCGAAGGAGUGGGAUGAGUUGCAUGAGGAGCAGAAGCAGGUCUGGAAGGAGAAGUUGAAGGCGGCGGGACACUGGGGCGAGGAGAUGGGGGAGACGAUCUUCAAGAACAUUCUUUUUGGAGAGCUGGGCGCUGUUGUUGGUGGGCUGGUUCGUUAG